UAGGGUUGUUGUUGUUUGAUUAGAUAUUGUGUAUUCCAAAUUUCUGAUUUAUGUUUUGAGAUUUUCUAAAUUGCCUAGUUCCUAGAUCGCAAAAUUAAUUAAUUUUUGUUUGCAGUUCUCAUCAUUCAUUCUCUAUUGCAUAGUCCUUUUUGCCAUUUGGUUAAACAUUGAAUUUCUUGUCCUCAAUAAUCAGGUUUGCACUGCUGAUGUUGUUGUACAUGUACCUAAUGAAUUAAUUAGUAAUGUUUCUGAAGAUUGCAGGGACUGCCAUGGAUAACAGAGAUCACAAACAUCUCAAGGGAAUCAACACGGAUAUGAUUAGUCAAUUCCCAGACCCAAUUAUUCAUCACAUUCUAUCUUUCCUCGAAACCAAAUUUGUGGUUCGCACAAGUAUUUUAUCUAAAAGAUGGUGGUAUAUCUGGACCACAAUGCCUGCAUAUGAUUUUUUACUACAAGGUCAUCAAGAGUUCGAAGCCAAGACAUUGGAGAUCUUUGUAGACAAAAUUCUGUCGGGUCGCAAACCUUUAUUUAGUAUAACAAAAUUCGCACUAAGGUCCGAUGAAAAGCAUUUUGAUGCAUCAAAAGUUUAUCAGUGGAUUUCAAAUCUAGUUAGGUGUAACAUUGAAGAGCUCAACCUCGCCUUGUCUGACGAUCAACCCAUUAACCUUCCGAUCUCUCUUUUUACUUGUAAAUCGCUUUUGGAGUUGAGAUUACAGCUAAAUAUUUCUCUUAUUGAUCUUCCAAAAGCCAUCUCCAUUCCGAAACUCAAGCUUCUUCACCUUUCCAAUAUAAGCUUACAUAAGUCAUUGGCUGAGCAGCUCAUUCUGAACGCCCCACUCCUGGAAGAAUUGGUUUUGAGCAAAUGUUUGUGGUCAGAUUGGAAUGAGAGUACCUUAAACAUUUCAGGUCCUGCAUUAAAAUUCUUCCGUUUCCAUGAUCCUGUAACUCAUGUUGGUGUGCGCGGUUUCUAUGAUCCCGUAACUCAUGACGGUGUGCGCAAUGGCAUUGUCAAAAUUCAUGCACCAAAUCUAAGGCACCUCACUUGCACUGGAAAUAUUGCCAAGGACUAUAUUCUGUCUAGCUUUCCUUCACUAGACGAUGCAGAGGUUUGUUUCAAAUUCAACUUCAACUUCAAACGUAAUUUUCUUAACACAAGGGGUGCUGAAAUAGGCCCUGCUGCAAGUAAGCUUGUUGGAGCACUUUCUAAUGUAAGGUCUUUAACAAUUUCCGGUGAAACUCUUGAGGCUCUCUCUUUUGCAAAUGAUCUGCCUACAUUUCAAAAUCUAACCCAUUUGACGGUGACGUCGAAGUUUAGAUCUUUGGCUGACAAAGUCCUACUUAAGUUGUUCCAAAGCGCGCCUAAUCUGGAGUCGCUUGUUUUGCCGGGGUUACCAACGAACGAACGCGAAUUCACACAAGGUGUAUUUUGGAGCUUAAGUGUAGCAAUUGGGUGUCCAUUUGCACGGCUCAAGUCAGUCCAUUUCAAGGAGUUUUCAUGGCACCCCAGGAAUAUGGAAUUCUUAAAACUAGUUUUGAAGAAUGCAAAAGUUCUUGAAAAGGUAUCUUUAGGAAAUGAGACACCACCGUUAUCAAGCAUACCUGCAAGAAUCGAACUAAUGGAGAAACUUAUUGUUCCAAAGAAGGUGAAAUCUCAUAAGAAGGUGAAGGCGAUGACUCUGUUUGAGUGGUAUCUCAUAGGAACACAAACCCCCUAAGUUUGAUUUAACUGCAGCUGCAUUUCGAACAAGGCAUGGUUUGGUUUCCUAAAGUUUCUCGAUUUGUUAAUUUGGGAUACUACUUAUGAGGUUAAUACUCAAAUCAUCUUCUGGACAUGAGAAAAUUUAGUUGUUUACAUUAUGUGGUUGGAAUAUUAUUAUUAUUAUUAUUUUCUUGGAGCAGCAGUAUGCCUAGCACUUCCAAGAAAUUAUGGUGUGGGACAUGAUAUGGUACCCUUUCCCGCCGGACUUGAUGUCUCGCAUUUGUCUCAUUUCUUUCUCAAUUGUGCUUAAUGCUAGAAUUAACCUGUGCAUAAAAAAGAGCUCAGUUUGCAAGUCAUUCUUUGAUUAGCAUGUAGAAAAAUCUGAAGUCAUUAUAUGUAAGGCUAGAUAGAGCCUUCUAUACUUACUCGAGUGUGUAUCUAUGUUGUUUGUUAAAGGCGACCGGAUGUGUAUAGUUUUAGGAUUUCUU